AUGGCAGCCGGACCGCCGCCGGGUCUCGGCAUAGCACCACCACCAGCCGCAGCAUUACCGCCCAACCCCUUUGCAACAAACGGCUCACAAGCAGUCGCCCACAAAUCUCCUCUUUCCUGCAAUGCCGGCGCACAACCAACAACCAAGUAUGAGCGACCUGCCGACUGUCCUCGCUUCUACACUCGAGGCGCACUGCUGGCCUACAGCUCUUCCGCCCUGAUCACCAAGCCCAUCACCAUGCCUUCUCUUUGCGACUGGUAUGGAGACUGGGGGCCCUUUUACCACAAGCCCGUCCACAACAACCGGGAUUCGUCACGAAAAGCCCACACAGAAGAAUCAGCAUAUCAUGCAGCUGAGGGUGAAGACGCCGCUAACAAUGGCGGCUUCAUUGGCGGCGCCCUGGGAGGUUUCGGUCCUAGAAGGGAAGGAGCCGGCGCCCGUUUUGGAGCAAGGAGAAACGAAGAUCGCGAUCGCGGCGAAGGCCUCCGUUUGGGCGAAGUGAGCAGUCGCCGAGUCGCUCCUGCUGGCAAAAAUCCCUUUGGACAAAUCUCGGCAAGCGGCACUUUCAAACCUGCUGGUACACCAGGAGGCGGUCGAGGUCCCCCUCGAGACGGUCAAAUCGAUGGUCUCGGCGAUGGACGUCGCUCUGGCAUGGGCGAGCGCUCCGCCUCGUACGGCAAAGAUCGAAUGCGGGACAUGCUUCCGCGCGAUGCAGCGCGCGACAGACGACGUGGCGAACGCGGCUUGGAUGCCGACGAAAGCCGCGAGGAGGGAGAGAUCUCGGAAUCCCCACGAGUCCGUCGCACGGGAGGAGCCGAUACCGCCUCUGACUGGCGAAAACCUGGCGACCGAGACCGCGCCGGACCUUUUUCCAGCAUCGCAUCCGACCGCUUGCGGCCCAGCGAUCGACGCGGUGCUCAGCGAGGCAGCGGUGCUCCUUGGGCAGGCGAUUCUGACGACAACCCGGCUUGGCUCGAGGACGACUCAGAACCGCUUCCAGUGGACAAUCGUGCUCCGUUCGGUCAAUUUGGCAGUCGUCGCAAGGAGGGUGAUGGCGUAGACGACGUACGCGGAGAUGACAUGGCGGGAGCAGUCGAUAGCAUCCAGGCGUUCAAAGCGCAGAUGAAGGAGCGAGAACGUCGCGAGAGGCUGGCUAGAGGCGAGUCUGAGCCUGCCAACAACACUAGCACCUACGAUGGUGCUCGCAGUGGAUCUCUCGGCGCGGACCGUGAUGUCUCGGGAGAAUACGCGUUUGGCGGUGAAGCAGCAUCUCAGCCAUCCGAGCUGGACGCUAUCCGUCAUGAGAUGAUGGUCGCAGCCAACCAGCGUCCUGCUUCCGGCGCUUCGCUCUACGACAACAUUUCGAACAGUCACGGCGGUCCUGGAGCUGACGGGUCUGGCCCUCCGGGUCUUCCCGUCCGAUCGAGCCGAUUUGCACGUUUCUUUGGUGGUCAAGGUGGACCUCCUCGAGACCCACAAGCUGCCGCUCUCGCCGCUCAGCAAAAGAUGCUCGAAUCAAUGGGCAAGGGCUCGGAGGACAAAGACGUCACCAGCUUGCAAAGCCCUCAAUCGCCUCCCGCUUCUUCGUCUUCUUCGAUCAACAUCUCGGAGCUAUUUAGCAAGACCUCGAUCCGCGACAAGGGCGACGGCACGCCAAAGGAUGCCUCGGGCAAGAAUGUCUCGGAGGCAGAUCAGCAGAGCAUGCAAAAACUCAUGGCCAUGCUUCAAGGCGGCGGUGGCGGCACCGGCACGCCAACGCCAACGCCAACGCCAACGCAGGGUAAAGGCGCUGAUGCGGAUUCAGCAGACCGAGUCAAUGAGCUUCUACUAGGCCAGGGCCGUGGCAACCGUGGCGAUGGGGAAGACGGUACGACGGAACGCCCUCGAAGCAUUGUUUCGCCGGGACUGUCGUCGGCUGAAGCGCGCAACGAGCAUGGCGUGGAGGUACGAUCACCAGUGGCGUAUCAGCAGCAGCAAUAUCAGCAUCAGCGAGAGUCGAGCACCUCACUGCCUCUGCAGCAGCACCAACAGCAACAUGAUCAAUAUCCGCAGUACCAACAGCAGCAACAGCAGCAGCAACAGCUGUCCGAAUCUGGGUCUAUUGGCGGAGGUUACAACGAGCUUCGUCAGCAACUCGGCGGACUGAGUUCGCCCACGAGUGCAGCUGGACCUGGCAGCCUUGGUUCGACUGGCGGUGCUCCGGGACUGGGCGGAUUCGGCGGGUUCCCCGGCGGCGUGCCCGGACGCGCGCCCCCGCCCGGUAUGGACCCUCGCCUGAUGGCUCGACCUCCAAUGGGCGGUCCUGGCGGCUUCCAGCAGAUACCUCCUCACAUUGCUGCCAGUCUGGGUCUGGCUCGCGGACCGAUGCCACCGGGGAUGGCCAGCCUGCCACCCGGAGUGGCGCCCAUGGGUGUUUCUGGUGGUCCUCCGCGUGUUGCUCCUCCAAACGGAGCAUUCGCACCAGGCUUCUUGCCACCAGGCGCAGGUCGACCACCUCCGCCCGGAAUGCCUCCGCAGCUGUACCAGCAACUGAUGAGCAUGCCUCCGCACAUCCAGCAGCAGGUGUUGGCAGCGCAGCCACAACCGUUCGCUCCGGGUAUCCCAAUCGCUCCCAGAUACCCCUACGACUUGCCCGCCGCACAUGCCGAUCCGAGGACUUCCACUCCUGCGGCUCACUUUCCCUACUACGCGCAACCUCCCGCUGCACGUGCAUCGUCGCCUCUCCAACACCAGCAGGGUCAGCAGGGUCAGCAGGGUCAGCAGGGCCAGCAGCUCAACGUCGGCUCACAUGCGAUCAAUGGCGCUAAUCUCAUGGCGUUGCUCAGCGGUGGGAGGAACACCCCCACCUGA